AUGCUUCAUGCAAUUGCACCAGCACAACCUGAUGUUGACCACCAGCCACCCACACCACCACACCAUAGGAAUUGUUUUACUGAGAUGAGCAUGGGUUUAGAGCUGAAUGUAAGAGUGGAGGAGGGGACUGAAAAGAGUUGCUUGCCUACUGAGAAAAGUAAGAGGAAAGUUCCGAAAAGGAUUCACAAGGCUGAGAGGGAGAAACUGAACGUGAGCAAUUGA